AGUCAAAUUUCACAACGUCAGCUAUGUCUAUUACACCGGAUGUUGAACCAUAAAUACGGGAUACAGAAGCUGCUUGGAUACGAAUUACUGUAUUUCACUUCGAGAUCACAGGUGAGCGCCAUGUCCGGAGAUUUGGACCUCUCACCGCCGGAGGUUCCUGAGCCCACCUUUUUCGAGAGUGUUUUACGUUAUGGUCUCUUUCUUGGAGCAAUUUUCCAGCUCGUCUGCAUUUUAGCCAUAAUUCUACCCACCUCCAAGAGCCAUGAACAGGAAGAGACAUCGGAGCCAGCUGAGCCGAAAACCUCUGAGCCAAACAGAAAGCCCAAAGCACCUGCGCAGCAAGUCCGGCAAAAACUUAAAAAGGAGAGCAAGAAGAAAAGAUAAAGACUGUGAAAUGAGUGUGUGAGCAAAUCUGAAAUUUUGGUUGUUUUCUGACAAAAAAAAUAAAACAACUGAAGUAAAUUUUCAUUGUGGACCAUCCAAACUAAACACUAAACCCAUAUUGCAACUGCAUACAGUUUAUUUACAGCAGUAGAUCUCCAUGAGUGAUGAUAUUUACAAUACCUACUUUACUCAUUCACUAGGUGACUGUCAUAAGGCUGGUGGUUAAAACUUUUUACUUUCUAUUGACACAUUUUAAGCUAUCAUUUUUGUAAUUCUCUUGUAAUAAUAAACUGGACUGUUUUGGACCAUUCUG